AAGGAAAGGGGCGGCGAUUAUUUUUCCCCCCUCGUUUUUCUUUAGGUAGCUACUCCCCUUCCUUCUCUCAACGUUCAAUUCUUCCUAACAUGGCUGCUAUUUCAGCCUGGUUUUGGAACGAAAGGUUUUGGCUUCCACAUAAUGUGACUUGGGCGGAUUUGGCGGAUCCAGCGCCAGGAGUGGAGUAUCCCAAAGCCGGACAUUUGCUCUCUGCUCUGCCCCUGGCCCUGGGAAUCUUCGCUGUCAGGAUACUUUUCGAGAGGUUCAUAGCAGGCCCAUGUGCGGCAGCGCUGCAUAUCCAGGUGGAGAAGAGUCGGAGGGCCACGCCCAAUGCUGUCCUGGAGAAAGUGUUUACAUCCAUCACAAAGAGUCCAGACUCGCGGCACCUGGAUGGACUGUCCAAGCAACUGGACUGGGAGGUUCGGAAGGUCCAGCGAUGGUUCCGGCAGCGUAGGAACCAGGACAAACCCAGCACACACACCAAGUUUUGUGAGAGCAUGUGGAGGUUCGUCUUUUAUCUGUGCAUAUUUACUUAUGGGAUGAGUGUUAUAUGGCAGUCUUCUUGGAUAUGGAACACUCGACAAUGCUGGAUGAACUACCCCUAUCAGGUGCUCACUUCUGAAAUGUAUCGCUACUAUGUGAUCGAGCUGGCCUUCUACUGGUCCCUCAUGUUCUCCCAAUUCACUGACAUCCAGAGGAAGGACUUCCUCAUCAUGUUUGUGCACCACCUGGCCACCAUCUCCCUCAUCAGCUUCUCCUACGUCACCAACAUGGUGCGGGUAGGCAGCCUGACCAUGGCGAUACACGACUCCUCCGACUUCCUGUUAGAGGCUGCCAAACUGGCCAACUAUGCCAAAUAUCAGCGGAUUUGCGACAUCCUGUUUGUGGUGUUUGCAAUAUGCUUUUUCGGAACAAGACUCGUCAUCUACCCACUCUGGAGCAUUAAGUCGACGGUGUUUGAGAGCUGGGAGAUCAUCGGGCCGUACCCGUCCUGGUGGCUCUUCUGCUCCCUGCUGAUGGUGCUGCAGGUGCUGCAUGUCAUCUGGUCGUACCUGAUCGCCCGCAUCGCCCUCAAAGCCAUCAUGCGUGGCAAGGUUGCAAAGGACGUGCGCAGCGACAUCGAGAGCAGCUCUGAUGAUGAGACGAGCUCCGCCCGACGCAACACCUCAUCGCCUAAGAGCGAGAACGGCACCAAUGGCCACUUGACCGGCACUAAAGCUUGGGCCCAAAACCACAACAGCUAGUGACCGUGAUGACUAUCACCACCACCAGGGGUGGACAGGGCUUCCCCUCCUCAUGAAUUCUGCCUGCUCAGUGACUACUCCUCCCUGACUCGUGCCCAUCCCUCCCUCCCCUCCUCUCUUCCUGACCAACUGUCCUGCUGUGGACUCCCGCACCUGUGUCUGACCACUCUCUUCUCCUCUACUCACAGACUGGCACUGAAGGACCGCUAACACAGGCAUGGGUAUAUGGACAUUAAAGAGAUGUAUGUGUGUAUACUUUGUGCAUACCAAAAAAAAAGAAAACACAGAACUAGGGAGGGAUGAAGGUUGAAUGAAAAGGAGAUGAAAAGAGAUUAAAACCAGAUUUUUUCGCGUUCUGACGUUACAGGCGUAAACUGUGUUCUACUUCUCACUGCUUCUAUGCCUUCACGUUUUACUGAAGGUCAGGAGAAAUACAAUAUCUACUUCCAGUUUUACUGUUUGGCUGUACUUGACUUGUUUUUUUUUUUUUUUUUUUUUUAAAUAUGAAUAUUUCAUGGUUCUAUUUCUGUUAGUUUUUCUGGUCUAUUCUGCUUUUGUUUUACUGAAUUUUUAUGUAGAGAUAAAAUACGUUUAUUAAAAUGACAUUGAUUACCUGCA